AUUAUUUUUAUUAUUAUAACCUUAUUUGAUUAAUUUGGUAUGCCAUUUGGGCGACGCCUGGAAUUUCCCAGUCCAACAAAAGCCGACCAAUUCGGCCACUGUAGUGCUUUGGAUCUCAUUUAAUUGACGUCUGUUUCGCCUGUGGCAUUUGUUGAGUCAAAGUGAAACUUCUUUAUUUACAGUACCGUAGUGAAAGUCGCUACACUACAACAAAACACUAUGAGCACGGAAUGGACUAAACAGACGUAGAUUUCUUUGUUUUUCUGUGUAAAAAAAGCUGUUUUGUUUCACUCAUAAAUUUUUGGACGUACUGUGAACAGGAAAGAUGAUGACUGAAUCUGCUGACAAGAUGAAGUCUUUUUUCUUCUUUGCUUCCCUGUUUUUGUGUGUAUUACCCCAAUCAUCCUCUUCAGGAAAGUUAUUGGAGCUCAUCUGUGCUGAUUCUACUGGAGAAUACAAUGACGACACUGUAAUUAACUGCACUCUAAAAAGUGUGAGAGAUGACAUUGUUGUCACAAAACUGCUGUGGAUGCGUGAGGCCCUGAUGAUUUUAAACAUUACACAGUCGUACGUUGUGGAAAUGGAUAGUCGUGUCCGAUUAUUCCACCAGCCCUGGGAUAGCAAGAGGAAGGAUGUAUCCCUACUGAUAAAAAGAGCAAAAUCCCAGGACGAGGGCAAUUAUAAAUGUAUGGUAGUAACAGAUGGGGGUUAUGAUAAUACAAUUGUGAAAUUAAAACUCCAAGCUCCCUACAGCACACCUGUAAUAGUACACCCUUGGGCUGAUAGCGGGGUCGCUAUUAGCUCUGUGUCCUGUAUCUCUGAAGGAGGUUACCCCAAGGGGCAGAUCCAGUGGUCUGAUGAGAGGGGCACUGUUGUGACUGAAGGAUCAGACCUUCAAGUCACACAGGCCUCUGACGGCCGCUACUUCCUGAACAACACCUUGACUAUCAGCAGGGAGCUUAUCCACAAUUACACCUGCUCUGUGAUAAAACAAGGAGUGACUGAAGGAACAGCUGUAUUAACUUCUGUAUUGCCAGGUUCUGGAGAUUCAAAAGAAAGACUGGAAUUUACCGCAGUACCAAAACCAGACCGCACAAGAUGGCCGCUGAUCCUGACUGUAUCCUCACUUGCAACAUCUGCCAGUUUCUUGCUGUAUAAGAUCUUCAAAAGAAUUCAGCACAAUACUGAUGGAGGUGCAGUGUAUAGCUGUGUUGAAACAGGACUAAAUGUUAUCACUGGAUGAUCAUUAACACAAAUGCUAAACAACAAGAUUGUUGGAGGAUCUUGAAUGGAGCACCUAGAUCCUAGAAACUGGACAUCACAGGUUAACAGAUGGUUCACUUUUGAGAUUAGCAUCUUCUUUUUAAUGUUUUUUAAUCUCCUUUUCAUUUUUUCAUUUUGUUCUUGUCUGUUGUAUAAUGUCGAUUAAAGAGAUGCAAGACCAUCCAAAUCAAUUUGGAUUUUUAAUUUAAUAUCGCAAGAGCUUCCACAUUGGAGCCAUGUUAUAAAAUUGCUGGGGCACUGUGAAGUUCUGGACUGCAGAAGUUACCAGUAGCAUUACUACUGUAUAUCUUUGGAAAAACAUCGUACAAAUGUUCAGCAUGUGACAAUCAGAAAGGGUUUAAUCAUAUAAGGUCAGUUGUGGAUUCUGUCAAGGUAUCGUCAGUUGUGACCCAAUUAACCAUGUCCAUCAAGUUCAAAUGCAUCAGAAGACAAUGAGACACACUACCAGGGUGUUAUUAUAGCAGUGAUGCCUGGCUUCUCACACAGCUCUCCUGACAUAUCUGUCUUGGACUUUUGUCAAAAACAAUUUUUUGACUGUCUUCAAAAAUCAUAAAUCAGUGAUCAGUCAUAAUUUAGCUACAGAAUGAAUGUGUGUAAACUUGUUUCUCUCUUUUUUAAUUUAGUCUUGGUAAUUAUCACUGCCUAAUCUUUAAUACGUAAUGAUUUAUUGUUCAGGAAGUAAUAGAUCAUUCCUAUAGACUUAAAUGAAUAUACAGCAUCCUUUGAUUCAACUAGAGUAGUUAAACUACAUCCUAAGAUGGUUUCAGCUUUUCUGUUUGUUAAAUUAAUACAUUUGUUUGAGCUUGAUUUCUGAUUUUCUGAUUUCUGCCCAAAGAAAAAGAACUGGCUAUACAGUUUUGACAGUUUGUUAGCACUCAAGGUGCAUUUGCUUGCCUUUUGCAACAUCUCUUUGCUUAAAAAAUUAGUUGUGUUACAUUAACACCGUAUAGGAACAAGUAAUAGGUUUAUGCCAUGCUGAAAAAAAGAAGAAGGAAAACACAACGUUUCGGCCGUGGAGCCUUCUUCAGGUGAAAGGCCUCUCAAACUGUACUGUACUUUUAUUUUUGAUGAUUUUGUAGAAGUAUCAAACAAUCAUGAUUAAUGUUGCUGUGUGUGGCUUUAAACUUUGACUUUAAUAUUUUUAUAAAGUAAAAUGGAAAAUUAAAAAUAUGCAAACAGAUUGAC